AUGACCGAAACGCGUCGAGAGAAACAAAAAAGUUUCUUGCUAAAUCACAGAGAUCCUCGUCCCUCUAAUUUUUAUAAGAGGUUUAAUUAUCGUAGUCGUUCAAAUGCUCACCGAGAUUAUGAAUUACGACUAAGGCAGACUUUGCAAGAAACUCCACAAUCAGAAAAAUUAUUAAAUUUAAAAAGAGGCUGGGAACGUCACGAAUACGAUGAAGACUGGGCUCGGUAUGAGGAUGAGAAAAUUAUCCGGAAAGCUGAUAAAAAAGUAAAGAGAGGGAAACUCAAGGCACAUGUUGCAUUUAAUGAAAAUUUGAAUGAAAGGCUGAACAUUAAAAAGCCAUCUGACAAAUUGGCAUCAUCUUCUAAAGAUCAUGGUGAAGUCCCAAAGAAAACUACCAAUAGACAGUUCAAAAACCAAAUCGGUGACACCGAAAAUAAGGAGAUUGAGGAUGGUAUUGAAGAAGUUAACGAAUACAAUAUAGAAGAAUCAAUACCUGCUGAGGAAUGCGAAGAAAUGGAUUAUGUAAAAAACGAUAGACAAAACAAUAAACUCACGAAUGCCAAUGAUAAUAAUAUAAACGAAGACGAGUCGAAUAUUCCUAAUUUGACCGAAUUUGAUAACGCAUAUCAUGAACUGGAUCCGCGAAAAAUGUGGAGGCUAAAGAGUGUCAAGAAGAAACAAAACAUUGAUAAAUCAACUAUCAAUCUUAUGAAAAAGUACUCAGUAAAAGACUUAUCCGAGUUUCGAAAAAUUAUUUUUGAACCCUUUCUACCCACCGGCACAUCAUAUUCUAACAAGGAACAUUUUGAUCUAAAUUACGUUCGCCUUGCGUACAGCAUCAUGCAUACGUUCUGGGAAGCUGAUGACGACUUCUCUCAGGACCCAUCAAAAUUAGAAGGAUGGUAUCAAUUAAACAUAUGGGGCCCACUUAUUGACUCCGCAUUUCGUAAUUCAAAUAUUAAUCUAAUACGAGUUGAUGGAAUGAGUAGAGCUUCGAGUGAUAGAAAGAAUCAAUCAAACCAUGUAACAGAUCGGAAGAAGAUUGGAAGAAAAGGUGAUGGAAUAUUUAGGUUGAAAGGGAGCAGAUUAGAAUUUGGUGCAAUUGAAGCUGGAAGAGAGUGGGAAGGUGAACAUGGAAGAAAAUAUAUUAAAGAUAGCUUGAAAUUAUGUAAAAUGCUUCACGAUAUGUUAAUUCAACUUUCAAAAGAAUGCG